CAAUAUGCUUUCCAACGAUCGAUGGGUCUUAUUUUAAAAUUUUGACCUACCUACGUUAAAAUUCUUUCCAAUGUGCAACUGUCAAAUAAUAUGCGGCAACUGUCAUCAGAUCCGAACAGAGAUGUAAAUAAACGUGAUUUUGUGGCAACAUGCGGUCGGACUGACGAUAGUUAAGACAGAAUUUGCUUUUUCAGAGUGAAAACUAGUUCUCAUAGCAUUGAAACAAAUCACCAUGCCGCUGGAAAUCAAGAGCAAUUGGUCCGCGCGUGCUGAGCGCAACGAAAGCGACGGAGAGGAUGAGAUAGAUCCGAAAGCGCACGCCAAACUAAUCGACGGUAUCAACGCCCUGACCGGUUCCCAUUACAUCCGUGAGGUAACGCGCACGGAACCGUCGCUCAAGCGGUCCGAGUUCGGGCUGUCCAAAACGAAGGAUGACAAAGUACGGCUCGGCGAUUUGGCAAAGUUUUUCACCAAAACCAAGAAGCAUAUAAGCGUUGCGAAGCAGCUGGAUCAGCUCAAGGUGCGGAACCCGCUGCAGAAACCGCUGGAAAAACCGGUCGCCGAUAGGAUCGAGCGGAAGGCUGGCUUCGAACGCGUGCGGAAAGAUGUGGACCGAUGGGAACCGAUCGUAACGGCGCAGCAGGUCGCUCCGCAAACGGUGUAUCCGCUGCAGUACGACAGCACUACGGUGCACGAUGCUCCGCCGAAGCGGCUGUCCGAGUAUCGCGUCAAGACGAAGCUGAUGGAAGAGCUGGAGGAGCUUGAGAAGGCGUACGAUGAUGGUGGGGAAGAUGGGGACGAACACUCGGACGAUGGCAAGCAAAACUAUGCGCUAACGAUUGAGGAAAUGCGUGAGCAGCAGUAUGAGCGCUCUCGCCAGAAGAUUCGCGAGUCGUACGCAAUUGCAAAGAAUCGGCGUAUGAACAAGAUUAAGAGCAAGAAAUACCAUCGCCUGCUGAAGAAGGACAAGCUAAAGGAGCAGAUGCAAAAGUUUGAAGAGCUGAAGGAAAAGGACCCGGAGGAAGCGCUCCGGAAGCUCGAUUGGAUCGAGAAGCAGCGCUCCCAGGAGCGUAUAUCGCUGCGGCACAAGAAUACGGGCACGUGGGCCAAAAAUCUGCAGGUGCGUGCCAAAUACGACACGGAGGUGAGGCGUGAGCUGGCCGAACAGCUUGCCAUCGGGCGAGAGCUGACGGCAAAGCGUCUUCAGCAGGGAGACAGUAGCUCCGAGUCGGAUGGUGAAAUGGAUCUUUCGAUGGGGCAGGCCGGCGAAACCAAUCCGUGGACGGAACGUGCCGGCGACUACGAGCAGGUGGCCAAUAAAGAAAUGCAGCAAACCGGCAGUUAUCGCAAGUACUGGGAGGAGCGUAAUCAGGUUGAAAACAUUAAAAAGCAUUUAAAUGGUGAUGGCAAAACGGCCAACGGACAGCAGGCGAAUGGACGUCUCUCUUCAGAUGAGGAUGAACACGAACCUAGUGAUGGUGACGAAGGUGUGCAACCAUCGAAGCCUAAACGACCUAAAACACUUCCCAAGAAACGAAAAGAAAAAGUUAAGAUGGCAUCCGGCACCUGGAUUGUGGAAGAUGUGGACAAUUCAGACCAAAAGCCCAAGAAAAAAGACUCUGCGAAAACGAAAAAGAACCGCAAGACGAAGGAUAACGUUGCCACUGUGGAGGCAAUGUUCGAGGAAGCGGAGUAUCUGAUCAAGGAUGUGCUGGACAAUAAGUUGGAGUUUGUGCGAAAUAUUGAUCACGAGAAAAGUUCGGACACAAAUGGACCUUCUUCGGAGCUGCCAGACCAGCAAGACAAAGAAACUAAAUUGAGCGAUUUGAGUUUUAAGAAACGGGCCACCCUAGCCGACGCAGACGAGCAAAUGUAUGAAACGGCAGAGCGGGCAGCACCGGACGAAACGAAUAAUGCAUCGAGUUCGCUACAAACCAUUCAGUCCUCCAAUGACAAAUCCUCAACCGUGGCCGGUGGCCGACCAUCGCCGUCGGUCAAGCAAUCGGCCGAAAUCAAUCUAAAGCAGGUGGUACAGAUGAAACCGAAGCAUCUGCUAACGGCCCUCCCCAACACGAUCGUAUCGGGCGAGCUGUCGGACGACGAGGCGGAGGCGGACGAUGCGCAUCGCCUCACGAUCGCCGAAGCGUUCGAGGAUGACGACAUUGUAGCGGACUUUGCGAAGGAGAAGCAGGACGAGCGGCAAAAGGAUCUGCCCCAGCAGGUGGAACUUUCGCUACCGGGCUGGGGCCAUUGGGCUGGGGCGGGCGCUAAGCCACCGGGACCGCGUAAGGCGACGCGCCAGAUAAUGAAGAUACCGGCGGAGCUGCCGCGCCGGGACGAUAACCGCGAUCAGGUAAUCAUCAACGAAGACGCACUGAAGAACGAGAAGCUGGACAAGCACCUGGUGAAUGAGGUACCGUUCCCGUUCGUGACGGUGAAGGAUUACGAAGCGUCGCUAAGGGCACCGCUGGGCCGAACGUUCAUACCGGAGUCGGCACAUGCGGCGAUGGUUGAGCCGCGCAUCGUCACCAAGCAGGGCACGGUAAUAGAGCCGAUGAAGAAGGAGAUGCUGAUGGCGAACCCGAGCAAGCUGAUGCGGGUCGGCAAGCGGCUGCAGAACGAAGCGGUCGACCAGUACAGCAAGUACGCGCUAGAGAAACUAAGCAAACCUUCCCCAGAUUCAAAGGUAGGGUUUGGAAGGGUCGAAUAAGGGAAAAGUGUUGCUGUAAAAGGAAUAUAAUUAAUAUCAAUAAUAAUUCCAUCCCUUGUUAUGUCUUAGCACA